AUGGGUUCUUGUGAGUCCAACUAUUGUUUUAUCGAACGGAAGCCAACAGCAGAAAGGAGUCGCUACCGAAUUACAAAAGGAUGCAUUAAAAGGCCGGCACGCAUGCACAUGGGUUGUGAUUAUGACCAUUUUCGGGAUCAUACUUUGUGCAUCUGCAGAGGUAUUUUGCCUUGUUCGUUUGCAAGUUGAAGAGUAUUCUUUUUACCUAAAGCCAAAUUUUUCUUUAAAACCGAGCUCAAACUG